AAAGUCAAUUUUUUUAAUGCAUGUGCCAAGCUAAAUCGAUAAAUGCGGAAAUAAAUCGAAAAUCUUAUUGUACGAACGAACAAUUUUCCGGAAAAAUUGUGUGCUUUUCAUAAUCAGGGCUGAAUAAAUAAAUACACAAGCUAUGGAUGCAAACAGCGAAAUAAAUCAUAAUUUGGAUGUGUCAGAUGACUCGCAAAUGACGUACCAAGAACUAGAGGCGUAUAUCGACGAGUGUAUUCUGGAGCUCGAGGAAAUGCAAAGUAUAUAUACCCAGAAGACCAAUCAGUUAAACAUAUCGGAUAGGUUUAUCUUUCAAAACAAACAGAUAAUAACCGAAUUAGAUGCACAGCUUCAAAACACAAAGACAACCCAAGACGUCUUGGAGACGGAGCUGGAACUUAUAGAUGUGCAGAUAAAGCAGAUCGAGGAAUCUUUGGGGCCGCUGGAGAAACAAUACGAAAACAUCGUGUGCGUGAACACAACGCGCUCUGACACCUACACGAUGCUCGAAAUUGUGAAUAUGGAACUGAGACAGAACAGCGAAUGUAUAGAACAGAUUAUACGUGUUCUAAAUCAGGAUAGUAUGAAACUGAAAAAUGAAAAACCUGACGACAAGGUUGGCGAUGUUUUGAACAAACUGCUUGGAUGGCUGGAAUGGAUCGAUUCACAAACGAACUUGCUAAGCAAGCUGCUAGAUGAUAUUGAGACACUCAUCAGGGCCUUGAAGACUACAUAGAGUUAAAGAGAGUUAAGAGAAACUUUAUCUAUCCCUCCGUCCAUGCAUCCAUUAUGCAUUUUUUCAAUUCAAGUUGAAUU